CACGAGACUGGCCGAAAUACUUAGUCGCAGUCGCCAUUUUGUCGGGUAGUCAUCGGGAUCGUCGUGUCUCUCUCACGUCGGGUAUUUCGUCCGUAUUUCGUUCGGGCGAAGUAAAACUCGCCGUCGAAUUUGGAUACCCGAUAGCUCUGCUCGUAACGUCACCCCGCAAAUGGCUUGUCUGAACACCCUCAAGCAGGAAAUCAAAACGCUCGAAUCCGUCUUCCCCAAGAGCCAUGAGAGGUUUCAGAUAAUGUCUGCGAGCGUGGACGAGCUCAGCUGCAGAUUCGUCGGUAAAAAUGGGAAGAAGUACGAAAUACACGCCAAUAUCACAGAAACCUAUCCUUCAACACCACCAGUCUGGUUUGCCGAAUCCGAAGAGACUAGUGUUACAAAUGCUGUACAAAUUUUAAGUAACACAACGGGCCGCGAUAACCACGUAAUCAACCAAGUUGGAAUUCUCUUGAAAGAAUUAUGCAGAUUACAUUCGUUACCAGAACCACCAGAUGUCGAAAGACUCAGAACUGCUUUGGAUCCUUUACGUUUAGGAGGACCAAACGAAGCUGUGGCGCAAAGGAUGGACGCCGAAGAUAUAGAUGAUAUUGAUGAAGAUGAAGAGAGUGAGACUGAAGAAGACUUACACUUGGACAUGGAUGAAGGAGAUGCUAACGCUAAGAGUAAGAGUGAAGAAAUGGAUUUGGAACAUCUUGCAACAUUGGAAAGGUUGAGACAAAAUCAGAGACAAGAUUAUUUGAAAGGAUCUGUUUGUGGAAGUGUGCAAGCUACUGAUAGACUCAUGAAAGAACUACGUGAUAUAUAUCGAAGUGACAGCUUUAAAAAAGGCAUGUAUAGCAUAGAACUAGUAAACGACAGUUUAUAUGAAUGGAAUAUCAGGUUGAUGUGUGUAGAUCCUGAUUCACCACUUCAUAGCGAUCUCAUUCUUUUGAAAGAGAAAGAGGGCAAAGACAGUAUUCUUCUCAAUAUGCUUUUCAAGGAAACCUAUCCAUUUGAACCUCCAUUUGUAAGAGUUGUACAUCCCAUCAUUUCUGGUGGUUAUGUUCUUGUGGGAGGUGCUAUUUGUAUGGAACUUCUUACAAAACAGGGAUGGAGUUCGGCAUAUACAGUAGAAGCUGUUAUAAUGCAGAUUUCAGCAACAUUAGUGAAAGGAAAAGCACGAAUACAGUUUCAAGGAUCAGGUGGUGCUGGAAAAGUGUGUGGCGGACAAGGCCAAUAUAGUUUGGCGCGUGCCCAACAGUCAUUCAAAUCUCUUGUACAAAUACAUGAAAAAAAUGGUUGGUUUACACCCCCGAAAGAGGAUGGCUAAUGAACAGCGAUUUCAAAGAACCGGAAAUAUGACACAUGCUUACUGAGACUUUAAUUCGGUGUGUGCCCAACAAGUAAUUGUUAUGAUAAUGAUUUGAUACACAAACACAACAGUAACUAGGUAACUUAAGAUACUAAAUUAAUCUAUUGUACAAUUCCUUUGAUGGCUAAAAAAGCUGCCGUAUACACUUUGGUUGCGUAUCUAUAUAUUUUCGGUCACUAGCUGUAGGUCGCGAGUUGUAUCAGUAAAUGUAAGAUAUCAUUUUACUUGAAAUUGAUUCUUAUGUUUUGAAAAACAUAAGACACAUCCCACAAUUAUAUUAUACUAUAUAAUAAUUAUUACUAUGUAUAUAAUAAUUAUUGUUAAAAAUAAUUAUUAUUAUAUAUAGUAACUUUAGUACUCUUUGAAGGUACAUAUGUUGUACGUGCGAAACAGUAUAUUCUGAAAAAUGCGUUUGCGCAAUCGUGCUUCCUGUCUUUUCAACGGGAGGAGAUUAGGUUAGCAUUAUAAAUUAAUAAUAAUGCUGAAGAGAUUUUUACAUGUUUCUUUUAUUGUUUUAUCAUUUUUUAAACAUUAUUUUUUUUAUUUCUUAUAAAACAAUGUUAUUCUCUGUGCAAUUUGAUAUAUAUAUAAAACAAGUAAAAAUAAUGGUAGUGAAAUUGCAUCUCCAAGGAAAAGAAUACCGUUUUUUUUCUCAUUGAAAUUUUCUGUCAGAUAUCUCACAAGGAAUAUCCAAAUUUUGCAAACGCACAACCAAAGCAUUUUUCGGCAAACUAAUUGGAAAUAAAAUGACUAAAUGUGUAGAAUAUAAGUGUAGCUUUUCAUUAGGAGGCUCUAGAGAGUACAAUCAUAGAAAUGACAAAGUUUCUGCAAACUUUUUAGACUUGCAAUUAAAUGUGUUUCGUACAACUAAUUUUAUCUACAUUAAUCAAGUCAGAUUUUUGACACGAGAAGCGAUAUUUUUUUACAUUCGGCAAAUAUAGCAUAUUUUGUAGUAUUAAUAGAUUAGGUAAAAUGUAGAAUCUUAUAUAUUAUAUACAGCUUAUAUUGUAUACAGCACAGUAUAAUUAAUAUAAAUAUUUAUCUUUUGCAUAGAAAAUAAGAAUGAGGCAGAUAUCUAAUAUAUAGAUGAUAAUAGAAACACAUGUUUUCUUUCUUAAAAUAGUAAAUAUUGCUAAAGUUUGUGUUAGUCUUUUCUUUGCAAUAUUAUCACGGAAUGUGGCUUAUAACUUUCUAUAAUAUAUUUAUAUAUACAUAUAUAUAUAUAAAAUAUAUAUCCCUUCAUUGUAAUAUUUGAAUAUAAGAGUUUGAAAGUUGUAUAGAUGUAUAUAAUGGUGCAAGUGCUCUUUGGAGUCUUUUUAUCAGAAAAAAAUGCAUAGAAGCUUAAAAGUUUUGGUUGUGUGUUUCAUCUAAAUUCAUUCUAAAAUUUAUUUUUUUAUUAUUUUCUGUAUCACAAUCCGCGUGAAUAUAAAUGAAAAAAAUAAUAUAUUGAUUUAUAUAUAUGCAAGCCACAAUUUCUUAAAUAAGAGAUGCACGAACUACAUAUUAUUUGUGACAAGAUUAAUUCUUAUGUACAAAUUUGUUUUUGAAAAUUUGUACAAAUGUUUGAAUCUAAGAACAGCCAUAAUAAAAAAUCCUUGGACAAUUUUACGCAUUAUGAUAAUAAUCAAUUAUCAUUUACAUAAUGCAGUAAAUGGUCAAAGGUGUUACGUAUGCAUUUCUAAAGCGAAUUUGUCCAUUAGAAUUAAUAGGAAUAUAAUGUUUGUAACUUUAGCAAAUUUAAUUUUUGCUAUCAAUAUUAUUACAUGAAAAAUGACCGAAUGUCCGUUUUCAUAAAAAUCGUAUUAUAUUUGUUAUUGUUAAAUGCUUUUUUACAUUAUGGCAUUUGAAUUGAAGUUUAAAAAUUGUGAAAAUUACAAUCAUUAAUUGAUAUUUGUCUUCUAAUAUUCUUUGGAUUUGUAUUACACUUCUAAGCAUCUAUACAACUUGUUUCGUACAUACAUACAUAAAUACAUAUGUCCUGAUUCAUAUACACGCAUACAUACACGUACAUAUACAUAUGUACAUACACGUGCAUUCUGUUCCUUCUCAUGCUUCAUCUUCCUACGUAAUUUCAAAUACGUAAUAUCUGUGCACAACCAUCAUAUUUACGAGCAAUUAUGCUAUAUUUCCAGUAAGAGUAAAAAAUCUAUAACUUCUGUUGUAAAUAUUAUCAUAACAAGUAAUGGCUGAUUAAACUAUUAUAUUUCAGGGAUUUUUAUUUCAGAUAUCAUUACUUUAAUAAUAACUUUGUUAGAGUACAUGUCUUUAGUAAUUACCGCGUUUAUUUUUACUAGGAUGAAUGAGUAUACCUGAACGCCUAUUAAUCGUAUGGAGAUGGAGCAGUACAUAUGUUAUUGGCAAUAACGCAUGUACAAUGUAUCAAUACACAUGGUUAUUGAUAUAACAGAAAAUCAUGUAGCGUGGGAGUUACUAGUUUCCGUUCACGGUAUAGUUAAAUUCAUUUGUGAGCAGAUCAUACGAGAGCGCGCGCACAGUAUCGUCAUAUAAAUAAUAGAUUCUUAAGUAUAGGUGUGCGAUCAUCGAACUCGUUGUCAAUGGGUAUUACUAUUUGUACAGCCGCGCCCGUUUGACACACUGAGUGUUGAUUGUUUGACGUCGUUAAACGUUACGUUUCUUUGCCAAAACUUUCUUCGUAUUGUCUGUUAAGUUUCUUUCCUUUUCUUUUUUCUUGUAGUGUAAUCGUGUAUUAUCGCGAGGAGCAAUGCGUAUAUUUUUGCUACAAAUAUCGUUAAGAUUCUUCGUUUUCUUACAACAUUCGAUUCUUGCUGACAUUCAUAACGGUUUUAGAAAUUUCAGAACCUCGAUAUAAGAUUGAUGUCACAUGUGAUUAGUUCAAAUUAAUUACAUUUUUACAAUAUGUAUAUAUAUAUAUAUAUAUAUAUAUAUAUAUAUAUAUAUAUAUAUACGAUUAACGGGCGAGAGAUGCGUAAUAAGAUAAAAAGAUAAAGAUAAUAGAAAAAGAUAAUUCCGCGCAACGUGUCGGGAAUCGUUUCAGAACGAACAUUUUGAUGAAAAAUAUGCGCCUAAUAAAAAGAAAAAAAAAAUACAAAUAGAAGUUUGAAUUAGCCGGAUAUUACACAACUGUGAAAUGCAUUUCUCAAAUUUUUAGCUUAUACACAGUGAUAUAGUUAAUAAAUUUUUGUUAUAUUUGAAGUGAUCUUUCUAUUUAAAGACUGAUAAAAGUAGAACUUGAACGUUCUUUUUCUUCCACAUUAUAUUUAUAAAAUGUGUCUUUCACACGAGAUUUUGAUUCGUGACUAUAAGAAUAAAAGAUAUUCGAGUUAUUUAUCUGCACUGUGUGGGAUGUGGAUUGAAUGGAACUUUCUAUAUAUGUUUGUGAAUGUGGAACAUUAUAUAUAUAUAUGAAAUUGAUUCUUAAGAUUUUCGUAUGAAGAAUUGGCAUUAUUGCCAAUUGGAAAAUGAAUGAGUUAUAUACGAAUAUAUAACUGAUUUUUUUAAAUGUAUUUGUGGCAAAAAUAAUCGUCUCUAAAGUCUCUUCCAACUUAUCUGUUUACUUUUCACAUUUUGUUAUUAAUGUGGAUAUUUGUUUAUUAUGCGUUAAGUAAAUAUGAAUGAUCGAUUGAUGUAAUGACGAAUUGUUUCUUUUUGUUUAAAGGGAGAGCACCCGGUUCACGCGGAACAUAAAUAAGUGACUGAAGCCCGAUAUAUAAAGUAUGAUACAAGCAUGAUAUGGAAAUCAUUACAUCCACAUGUACCUGGUUCCGCAUUCUAAUCAAGAUUGCACGAGAAGUAAUAAUCUCCGUUUCGCUUGAACCGUGGUAUUUGAUCGUAUCCAUUUGAUAUUCUGGAUAUAACGACUUUGUGUAUCAUGUUAAGUAUAUGAUAUAACUUAACUCUCAUAUUGUAACACUUUCUGACGAGGGUAUAGACUUUCGGAGCGAAGCAGCGUGUGUCGUACACGUCGAGAGAAACUGCGAUUGAAAUUUUUCUCAUUUUUAGUUUCUAUCGCAACUUUUUGAAUUGCCCUUUCCCUUUUCUGCGAACAUUCUCUCGUAUUGUUUUACCUUCUCGACGUGGACGACGUUCGUCAAGUCUAAACCCAUAAGUUAACUUAUGUCUCUACUCUGUCCGCGUAUCUACUUGCGUAAUUAAUUCAUCGGUCAAUCGAAAAAGAUCGAUUAAUUUUUGUUAAUCGGUCAGGUCGUCUCAUUGUCAAUAUCUCUAUAAUCUUAAGAUUACUCUAUGUAUCUUAAAUCUGCUCCACUUGUAUAUCGUACCAUUAUUGAUUUGAGUGAAAGUUUCCAUAAUUCUAAUAUAUCGAGCAUUAUAUUUUCUCUCUCUCUCUUUCUACAUCUUUUUUUCUUUCUCUUUCACACACCACAAUUUCACGUUAAGUUACGUUAAUUAUUGUUUAGGAAAACGCUACGAAAAAUGCAGAAAAUAAAAGAUUUUAAUAAAAAAAUUAUGCGAGGA